UCGCCUUCCUUCUUCCCCCGACCGGCCAGAACCCAGAAGAGAGCACCAAACCCAAAAUACAGGCACUGCACCGGCGUGUAGGCGGCCGCGCUUGCUUCAUUGCGUUGGCGAGCGAGAGCGAGUGGACAUGGGGCUGGAGAUGGCGCCGGUGGAAGCAGAGAGAUCGCCGGAGCAGCCGGAGCUGGAGAUUUACCCGCUGUGCCGCUACUACUUCGGCGCCAGGGACGCCCGGACAGGCGCCGGCGAGACUGCCGCCGACCGCGCCCUCCACCUCAAGGCCAACUUCGCGGCUCACGGGCUCCGGACCUGCGUCCAUGGCGUCCUGCUGGUCGAGCUGUCGGGUCACCCGCACGUGCUGCUCCUGCAGGUCAGGAACUCCUCCUUCCUGCUCCCGGGCGGCCGCCUCAGGCCUGCCGAGCAAGAUGUCCAAGGCCUUAAACGCAAGCUUUCCAGCAAGCUAGCGUCUGCGGAUCCAAACGGCGACCACCACUGGCAGAUCGGGGAGUGCAUUGGCAUGUGGUGGAGAUCCGAAUUCGAGGCCAGGCCGUUUCCAUAUCCGCCUCCAAGCACUCGUGCACCCAAGGAAUGCGUAAAGCUGUUCUUGGUUAGGCUGCCCAUGGCUCGCCAGUUCAUCGUGCCGAGGAACCUGAAGCUCCUAGCCGUGCCUCUGUCCCAGAUCCACGACAAUUAUCAGGUGUAUGGCCCAAUCAUUUCUGGAAUUCCGAAUCUGCUCUCCAAGUUCUCCUUCAACGUUGUAAGGGACUGAGAAGGUGCUUUGUGUCGGGUUAUUUUUGUAACAAGGGGCUGCAUUUUUUGUUAGCCAUAGAACAAUGUACAGUACACGGACUGUCAGAUAAGACUAUGUUUGUACUCGCCA